AUGGCGGCUACGCCGCCGCUGCGGGACCGGCUGAGCUUUCUGCACCGGCUACCAAUUCUCCUGAAGGGAACGUCGGAUGACGAUGUCCCGUGUCCGGGCUACCUGUUUGAGGAGAUUGCCAAGAUCUCCCACGAAUCCCUGGGCAGCAGCCAGUGUCUCCUGGAGUACCUGUUGAACCGUCUGCACAGCGGCUCUGGCCGCGUGAAGCUCAAGGUGCUGAAGAUCCUGCUGCACCUGUGUGGUCACGGCUCCUCAUCCUUCCUGCUCAUCCUGAAGCGCAACCCUGCCUUCAUCCAGGAGGCCGCGGUUUUCGCGGGGCCCCCGGAUCCUCUCCAUGGGAACAGCUUGUACCAGAAGGUGCGGGCGGCCGCCCAGGACUUGGGGGCUGCCUUGUACUCGGACGCCUUUUUACCUCCGCCUCCCUCCCAGCCUCCCAGGACCCUGCCUCCGGCAGGCAUGGGCUCCCAAUCCAGGCCCCAGAGCACUCUGCAGGGCUUUGGCUACAGCAAGGAGCGGGGUCACACAGGCUCCGCAGGUGAAGCCUUCCUGUCCACCAUCCAGAAAGCUGCAGAGGUGGUGGCCAGUGCCGUGCGCCCUGGGCCUGAGAGCCCCAGCUGCCAGAGGUCCCUUCUGCGGGGUGACGCCUACCAGCCGGCUGUGACACCUUCAGCCAGCCUCGGCACCCCCGCCUCCGGGGGCCCUCUACCCAUGGCCAGCCCAGGAGCGAGAGCAGUGAGACACCAGCCCGGGCAGGCUGGAGGCGGCUGGGAUGAGCUGGACAGCAGUCCUAGCUCUCAGGAGUCUUCCCAGGAGAACGAUGACUUGGGCAAGGCCUCGGACUCGGGCAGUCGGUCGGGCAGUGACAGCCCCUCGGGGGCCAGCCGGGCACCUAGUGACCUGGCAGAAAGGGUUGAGGCUGUGACCCUGAGUGACUGCCAGCAGGAGCUGAGCCUGGUCCGGACUGUGACCCAGGGGCAGCACACCUUCCUGAGCCGAGAGGAGGUGCAGCACUUCGUCAAAGAGUGUGGCCUCCUCAACUGUGAGGCUGUGCUGGAGCUGCUCAUCUGCCACCUGGCUGCCACCAGUGAGCGUGUUCAGAUGAGAGCCCUGGGUGCCAUCGCCUCCCUCGGGUGCACUGACCUGCUCUCUCAGGAGCGAGUCCUGCUCCUCGCCCGGCCUCGGCUGCAGGAGCUCAGUGCAGGCAGCCCCGGACCCGUGACCAACAAGGCCACCAAGAUCCUGAGACACUUUGAAGCCUCCUGCCGACAGUGGCCCCCUGCCCGGAGGCCCCCAGCCGAGCCUAGCCCUGCAGCCGCCCGUGUGGGCCCAUCAGACCUGCUGACCGACACCCUGCCUUUCACCGGGGGCCAGGCCUUCCUACAGCCUCUGAGUUCAGCUCUGUUUUCGCCCAAGGGCAGCAUGCCCCCAUCAGGGCUGCAGCCCAGCCCUGUGCCCCCAGCGUCCCCAGAGAGCUGCCCCCUUCCAGUCCCUGGAGCUGCCAGGGAGGCUGAGACCAGGCCGGCAGGUUCCAGAGACCAGUGGGCUGCAUCUGAGCAGGGCCCGCUCUGCAUGGACACCCCAAAGGGAGGGCCAAAGAUCAGCCUGGGCCCCGGCCACAGCUGCAGCUCCUUAUUUGCUGGCAUGGAACUGGUGGCCUGUCCCCGCCUGGUGGGGGCCGGGACUGCUGCAGAGGAUCCCCUCCCAGCCCACCAGGCUCCCUGGACGUUGUCACAGAGGCUGGCAGCAAAAGAGCCUUCCGGCUCUGAGCCAUCAGCUUUCGCAUUCUUAAACUCGUGA